GCAAUAUAAAUACAAGCCUUCUCCAUCCUCUCCCCUCUCAUUCCCCACCACACUCGCCUUUUAUGCUCCCUCCUAACUCAAUCAUUCACCUUUCAUUUAUAAUUGUCCUUCAUCUCCUUCCACUUUCAUCGCCAAUUAUUACGAUUCAACAAGGUGGCGCAGAGUGAUAACACAAUGAGCAUCUCCGUUAACGGCCAGUCCUUUGUGCCACCAGGCUUCCGCUUCCACCCAACGGAGGAGGAGCUCCUCAGCUACUACCUCAGGAAAAAGGUAGCCUGUGAGAAGAUAGAUUUGGACGUUAUACGUGACGUCGAUCUCAAUAAGCUGGAGCCAUGGGAUAUUCAAGAGAAGUGCAAAAUUGGCUCCACGCCACAGAAUGACUGGUACUUCUUCAGCCACAAAGACAAGAAGUAUCCAACAGGCACCAGAACAAACCGCGCCACCGCUGCCGGAUUCUGGAAGGCGACCGGCCGUGACAAAAUCAUCUACGCCGGCCUCAAACGAAUCGGCAUGAGGAAGACGCUCGUCUUCUACAGGGGAAGAGCACCUCAUGGCCAGAAGUCAGACUGGAUCAUGCACGAGUACCGCCUCGAAGAACAUUCUGAUACUUCCAACUCUCUCUCCAACGUGUCGAGCAGCAUGGGUGAUGCCCUAACCCAAGAAGAAGGAUGGGUUGUUUGCCGUGUCUUCAAGAAAAAGAACCUCAACAAAAUCAUAGAUAGCACAAACAACUAUUCCUCUACAUUCAAUCACGAUUCCAAAGCUCCUAUUGUUCAGUCAAACAGCGAAAGUGGGCUUGACCAAAUCUUUCAAUACAUGGGAAGAACAUGCAAGCAGGAGAGAGAAGUCCUCCUGAUGAGUAACGUCAACACAAGCAAAAUAAGCAGUAGGUAUCACCGCCCCAUCGACACAACCAUCGGCUCAUCCGCUAACCUCCACGACCGAUUCAUGAAACUACCGGCUCUCGAGAGCCCAACAACCCUAACGCCUAUCUCGGCAGCUGAUUACCCCUCUCUUCUCUGCGCUGAGCACUCUUGUAAUAGCUACCAUGCAGAGGUAGUCAACCUUGAGCCCUCUUCUUACAACCAUGAUCCCGGGUUCAACGAUUGGGCUACCCUGGACCGGCUUGUCGCUUCCCAUCUCAACGGUGACGACGUCAACGCGUUCUCUUUCUGCCCGUCAGCCAGCGCAAGGCUUCUUAACGGCGGCUUUCAGGAUUAUCAGCCGAACCAGAGCGGCGGCGGAGAAGGAGAGGGAGAUUUGUGGAGCUUUACGCAGUCAGCGGCGUCGUCGGCUUCGGACCACGUCAGCCAUGUUUCCCAUGCUUCUAUUUAAUGAACAGUUGGCUACCAACGUCGUACCAAACCUGGUAUUGGACUAUGAGGAUUAGGAGAUGGAAUGAUUGUUCUAAUGGAAACCCUACUACUAAAUAUUUCAGUGAACAGUGUGUGUUGAUGAAUGAAGUGGAUCGACGUGAUCUGCGGCCUUCAUUGAUUAUACAUAAAUAAUAUAAUGGUUUUCGAGAUGCGAGGGCGCUAUCACUGGCACAUAUGGCUUAUGAUUUA